AUGGAGAAAACCAACAGACCCACUUCAAUUUUUGCUGAAGACGCAAGUGAGAAGGUAGAUAAAGGAGGGUUGUGUUUGGAUGAUCACAUUAAUGGACUUCCUGAUGUUGUCCUUGUUUCAAUCUUGUCACUGUUGACAAUGAAAGAAGCUGCAAGAACUAGUGUUCUUUCAAAGAGAUGGAGGUAUUUGUGGACUCACAUUACUAUUUUGAACUUUGAUGCCCCACAUCUUAUAGAUGGUAUUCUACUGGGAGAUAAGGAAGUUAAAGUAGAAAGACCUUUGUUUUUGAGUUGGGUUAAUCAAGUCUUGAAAUCGUACAAUGGUCUAAGUGUGGAUGAAUUUAGAGUUAAAUUUGAUCUUGAUGAAAGUUGUAGCUUUGAUGUUGACAAUUGGGUUAACUUUGCAAUAGAAAAGAGAGUUAAAAGGCUUAAGCUAGAAUUGUCAGAAAUUUGGGGAAACUCAACGGGUUAUAAUUUUCCAGACACGGGUCGUAUUACAAGUCACCUGCAUUCAUUGUCUCUUGGGCUUACUUAUUGGAACUCCCUAACCGAUCUCCGGCUGGCACACGUGAAUAUAACUGGACAAGUUCUCGAAUACUUCUUAAGUAACUGUACAUUUUUAGAACAAUUGUCUGUGCAAAAAUCUGACGAUCUGGUAAAUCUAAAAGUUCCUAAUACAUCACUCAAAUUGAAGCGAUUGGAGAUUUCUCACUGCUUCUAUGUGGAAAGUAUUGAGAUUUUUGCAAUGAAUCUCAGGUCAUUUAAAUACUUCGGACCAAAAAUAAACCAGCCAUUUAAAAGCGUCCCGUGGCCUGUUGAAAUGUAUAUAGGGGGUGACUACAGCGAAGAACUACUUCAUAACUUUUUGGAGAUUUCAAGCCAUCUUUCUCAACUAGAGAGCCUUACGUUGCAUUUGAUCCAGUUCACCUCCAUCUUUGAGAUGAAUAUUGUCAAGUUUCCUAAAUUUCCUGUAUUUAAUAAGCUCAAGCAACUGGAGUUGAUAAUUAGUGCAGAUGAUGAACAAAACCUUAUUGUUUAUACUCCCCUAAUAGAGGCGUGUCCUUUCUUGCGUAAAUUUGUGUUGGAGCUUACAGGGGCCAGGUACAAAGUUUAUAGAAAAUGGCAAAGGGUUAAAUUUUGGCCCCAUCAGCACCUUAAGGAGGUGGAAUUUAUUGGGUUCGUUGGGCGGAUGAUUGAUGUUGAGCUUGCCAUGUAUCUAAUUAAGGGUGCUGUCAAGCUUGAGAAGAUUACUUUUGAUUCUCGCAAUCCAGAUUAUAUAGGAACCCCAUGGGAGUUUUUGGACACCAAGCAGAGAAAAAAAGCUAGAAAGCGCGCCGAAAAGCUUGGAACCAAACUUUCUGCUGAAGUAGCUUUGGUUAUCCUAUAA